ACCGUUGUGUUGUUUUGGUAUCAGAUCCGAUCCAUCUGUUAUUGCCGAGCAGCAUGUUGGAAAGCGGUGAGCACUUCUUCGAGGGGGUGGAGAAACUCCUUGAGAUUUGGUUUGAGGAGAGCUCCAACGGCGAUGAUGAUCUGCGUAACAUCAGCAGAACCGAUUGGGAAAACGUGCUUAGCAAUGUCAACUGUGAAAUAAUAAGCACGUCCAAAAACGACAUUAUAGAUGCUUUUGUUUUGAGUGAGAGCAGUAUGUUUGUUUCCAAGCGACGAUGGAUCCUUAAAACUUGUGGAACGACUACUCCAUUGAAAUGCCUGGCACAAUUGCUAAAGCUGGCAGAGGCCAAUGGAUACAAUGUAGUCGCAGACUUGUUCUACUCGCGAAAGAAUUUCACUAGACCAGAGGCGCAGAGGACACCCCAUCAAGGCUUUACGGAAGAAGUUACAUAUCUGGACUCAAUUUUUCCCAACGGAAGAUCAUAUUGUCUGGGUUCCAUGAACCUGGAGUGUUGGUAUCUCUACACAUUUAGUCGUUCCGAUAUCAAAAUUUCGCCCCAACUCAAAACGGGUGAGAAAAACUUUGAUUCCGAUCCAGACCAAACUAUUGAAAUAUUAAUGCAAGAUCUGGAUCCCGAAACCAUGGGAAUCUUCUACAAAAACAAGUUUGAUAAUGCUAAUGGAGCUACUGUGAAAUCUGGAAUCGAUACUAUAUUGCCGAGUAUGCACAUUGAUGACUUUUUAUUCGAUCCUUGCGGCUACUCCAUGAACGGAAUCAACGAUAAGGGGGAGUACAUGACAAUUCAUAUUACUCCGGAGAAUCAAUUUUCGUAUGUGAGCUUCGAAACCAAUGUUGCUUUGAGUAACUAUCGUAAACUUAUCAAUCAAGUAAUCAAUACAUUCAAGCCUGGAAAGUUUAUUGUAACCAUCUUUGCCAAUAAGUGCUCUUUGGCCUACGAAACCAUGAAGGAACUAGAAGUGGAGUACUCCAAGGGAUCGCACUGGAAACGAACCGACAUGCAAUGUUGCAAUUUUCCAUCUUACAAUCUUCUGUUUGCACAAUAUUCUCACGCGGAGAAAACUGGUGAUAAUUUAUAAAAUUCCAAAUCCAACAGCAAUUGUGAUUGUUUUGCAUAUGUCUAACAAAACUUAUUGUUUGUUUGUUAUUAAUUAAUCAAAAUAAAUGUCGAAUAUUUAAAAUAAUAAA